AUGGCUUCACUCCGUGUUCACGACUCGCGAUCUCGCACCCGAUCAAAGUCCCCCAGUGGAAGGAUUCGCGAGCGCUCACGUACACGCGAGACUCGGGCAUCGUCUCCUCCGAGAGAAAUGACCGGAAGAUCCAAGAAGUACUUCCAUCCGGACUCGGAGGAGGAGACCCUUUAUGCUAGCUCACGGUCGAGCAGAAAGUACCACGACUAUCAUGCUGACGACGACAAAUACCGACGCUCUGACAAGCCUAAACAACAACAUCAAUCGCAGCCACAGCCACAGCCACAGCCUCCUGGCUACUACGUAUCGGAUGAGGAAGCGGCGGUACGAAAACACACCAGCGCAGCGGAACCCCCUCGAUCUGACAAAUACCGUUACGACUCAGAUCGUGACCGGCGAUACUCUAGACACCUAAGUUCAAAACUGGCCUCAAGGUAUGAACAGUACUCCGAUGAGUCCUAUACCGAAUCGGAGGACGAUGCCUUGGCCUAUGGAGAGGUGCCUUAUCCGCCGUCUGCCCCAAGUUACGAACGUUUGCGGGAGAAAUACACCUCCUCUUCCACCAAGCAGCACGACUCAGAUUCGGCGGGAGGUUCGUCCAAAUAUAGCCGUGCACUAGCCAAACUUCGAGGAGAAGAAUCUCCCAAGUAUCCUUCUCGCCACGACUACGAUUCAAGAGAGCAUCCAAGCUAUGCGAAACUAGACGGUUACCGCUAUGCACAACCUCCCUCACAUCGCCAGAACAGACCAAGCGACACUGGAACGAGCCAAUACGGAAACCAAAAUAAAUACCCGAUUGACUGGGCGGAAGUUCCAGAAUGCGAACGCCCUGGUUUCGUGCCUCCGCCUGAGUUCAACAACCCCGUCACAUCUACACAGCAUUCUACGCCGACUCCUGCUACCACGUAUGCAAUGCCCGAUCCGCCCAUUGUACCUCACGCUCCAGUCCCAUCGAGCCAGUAUCCUCUAAUUUCUCAAGCUAGUUAUAACCCACAUCAAUAUGCCAAUAUGUCAAUGCCAUCAUCUACUGGGACCGAGUCGCCUCCUACAACAACUAUACAAAGCAAGUCGGGCCAUCAGCGCGUAUACUCGAUGGGUACAACUCCAGCUACGCAGCCAUAUUAUGCCCAAUUAGCCCCAUUCCAAUACGCGCAGCCCGACCCUAAUAUCACAUACACGUCAAAGCCCACCAAACCAUAUACACAGAGUAUCAAACCCCACUCUCAGGCUCCUGAUCCAACUUACGUUGAAAUUAAACCGAAGAAAACGACCGAGCGUCCACACAGCUUGUCAAUAUCCUCCAAUGGUCAUAUGGCAGUACCCGGUAGCUUUCCGGACGCCGGUCGUCCUCCUGCCAGCCCACUGCUCGAGGCUUAUAAAGGAACAUAUCAAAGCAUCUCGCCCAUGCCAUGGCCAACAUCCGUUCCAUCCUAUAUGGAUGAAGGCUUAUCAGAUCUGGAGCCACUAGAUGGCGGUGCAAUCUCAGGCUCGGAGUUAGGUAGAUCUAGGAAAAGUAAAUCCAAGAAGGACGAUAACAGCAGUAAGACAAAGAACAAGCCGUCAAAGCUCGAUGCAGACAUAAAAGUAAUCGCACCGAAAAAGAAAGUAUCCUUCUACGAUCCAAAGCCCGACGCGAAGGAAUUAAAAUUGGCCCUACACCAUUCCCACGCGGACCCUAAACCUCUAAUAGAUAUUCUUCCUUAUCUUUCUUCGGACGAUCUGCUAGCGCUCCGUGCUGAAUAUAAAAAUCUCGUUAAGAUAGGCGGUAAGGGGGUUAAUGUAGCUAAACAUAUCAAGGUACAAGUCCCAGGAAAUUUCGGUAAAGUUUGCUACACGACAGCACUAGGAAGGUGGGAAUCUGAGGCACACUGGGCCAAUUUCUGGUACCGAUCAAACUCACUGCGUCGUGAACUCCUCAUCGAGUCGCUUAUCGGACGGACGAAUGCUGAAAUCCGCGAGAUUAAGAAGUGUUUCCGCGAUAAGCGGUACGGAGAUGAUCUUGAGAAGUGCAUGAAAGCCGAACUCAAAGCAGACAAGUUUCGUGCUGCGAUCCUGCUGGCACUUGAAGAGCGACGGCAGCCCAAUUCGGCCCCCUUGGACAAAUCCCUUGUCCGCGAUGACAUGCGUGAUCUCCACCGUGCUCUAAUUUCGCGAGAAGGAGGGGAAACGGCGAUGAUACAGAUUAUCCUCGUCAGGGGCGAUACGCAUCUCCGUGAAGUUUUACAUCUCUAUGAAGAUACAUACCGCAAGAACUUCGCUAAAGAAAUGAUAACCAAAUCACAAAAUUUAGUCGGCGAAACACUCGUACAUGUUCUCAACGGAGCACUUAAUCGACCGAUGCGGGAUGCUCUCCUGCUCCACCAAGCAAUUGCAGAAUCAGGUACAGGUCGUGAACGAGCCGAGCUGCUGAUUUCUCGACUGGUCCGCAUGCACUGGGAACCUAACCACCUUGAACGUGUCAAAUCCGAGUAUAAAAGACGCUACAAAGAAUCCGUCGAGGACGCCAUCGACCGGGAAGUUAUAAACGGGGUUCGGAAAGAUUGGACGGACUUUUGCAUUGGGUUGGUCAAGAGCUCGAGAGUUCACAUUGCGAAUGGAACUGCUUAGCCUUCCCAUAUGGUUGAUGAAAAUAUGCAUGGCUUAUUGUUUAUAGUUAUGGUUAUGAUGUUUGCUCACGUUUACGGUUGAACUUUUCGAGUCCCUGGUGGAUAUUGUUUCUGAUAUUUUUGUAAUGUCAUCAAUCUUUUUGGGUUAUUAUUUUAUUUUAAUUUUUGGGUUUCAUAUAUGAAUUAGUUCCGGAAUUUCUCUUGGUAGUGAAGCUGCCAGCUGGUCAUCCUGAGGCCUUUGUUCCCUGAUUUUAGUA